AUGGAUAAUCGCCUGUGUGGAAGAUUUGAUACAUUGAGAAAAUAUUUACCCGAUGAAUUAGGGCAAACCGCACAAUUUGAACUAAAACAACUUAAUAAUUUCAAUAAUUAUUGUUCUAAUGGAGGCUCAGGGAAAACAGAAUGUAGUACUGAGGCCGAUAAAAUUAAUGCUGGAUGUUUAUGGUUGUUUGAGCAAAAUAUUGUUAAUAGGAUUAGUACUUUAAGUAAAGAUCACUCUGAAGUGUUUAUUAUAUACGUCAUGAUAUGGUUAGGUCAUAUGUUAAACCUAAAGAAUGAUGACAAAAUCAAAAAUUUAAAUGAUUUUUAUGAAGGGCAUAUAAAGAUUAAUACGCAUUAUACUUAUUGUAAAAAAAAAAAUAAUAAUGAUAAUUAUGAUGAUUGUAGUGGUUCAUUAAAAAAUAAAACUGGAUAUAAUAAUUUUAAGGAGUUCAUAGAAAAAAACGAGUAUUUGAUGAAUAUUGGUAUUAAUGAUAUGUCUAAAUUUUAUGAUGCAUUUAAACCAUUAUGUAACAUGUAUACUGAACUUAAUGCAAACAACACAGCAGAUAAGAGAUAUUUAGAAAAUGCUAAAAAAUUUGUUAAAAAAUUCGAAAACCUUAACAACGAUUCUAAUAAUAUUAAGGAUAGCCCUUAUUAUCAAGUAUUGUCUACAUUAUCAAAUGAUUAUAAAAAUUUUAAAAAUUUUUGUAAAAUCAGUAGCAUUGAUUGUAGCGAUAUCCCAGUCCUUCCAGAUAUAAAAACAAAAGAAAAUGGUAUGCAAAUUUCUGAACCGAGUUCUGGACAAAUUUCUGAAGUUACAUCAUCAAGUUCAUCGAUAACAAACAAAUUAAUUCCAAUUUUAUCGAUAAUUGUUGCAAUACCAAUAUUCUUGGGAAUUUUUUAUAAGUAUUCGUUAUUUGGAUUUCGGAAACGAACCCAAAAACAACAUUUAAGAGAAAAGAUAAAAAAAUAA